CUUUAAUAGCUAGUGUUUUAGCUUUGUUUUCUCACAGAAUAACAGCUUUUUCUUCGGACAUUUGAAGCCCUUUGUUUUUUCUUUAUCUUAUUUUAAUCUUGUUGAAUGUAUGCUUCAAACACCCAUAAACUGUUUUCGACAGUGUAACUGCAUCAGAAACCCUUCAUCUCAUCUCUUUCAUUUUCGGAAAAACACAAUCUCAGCUUUACCUUUUUCCUGAAACCUCAUCUUCCCACACACACACACAGACGUAAGCUUAGUAAAACACACCUGCUGCCUGCUGUGCUUUUCUUGUUUUUUGAAACUUUAAACUACUCGGAAAUUGCUUUUCCAAAGCACUUAUUUCAAGUGCGGUUUCUUUUUUCUGGCCUUUGCAAUCUUUGUCUCGUGGAAGAAGAACAACGCCUCGCUUUUCUUCGUUUUAUUGCAGAAUUUGCCCCCAGAGCUUAAUCUAGCUCUCUAAUAAGUCGUCUUCGAAAGAGAAAAAAAAAAGAUUUAUCAGUUUCCUUUUGAUUGAUUUUUGAUCUUCUGUACAAAUGGGUACAACACAGAAAGAUUCAACUGUUCAAAAUGUGCUCAAGAAUCUCUGUCGCUCUUAUGGAUGGUCUUAUGGCGUUUUCUGGAGAUUUGACCAGCCAAAUUCUCUAUUGUUGACUAUGCAAGAUGUUUUUUUUGAGGAAGAAAUCAGAGGUCUGAUCCAUGAUUUGCAUCUACAAACGCCCAUGCUUGGAGGAGGGUUAAUUGGACAAGCUGCUUUUACUAAAAAGCACCUUUGGAUGUCCUCGGAAGAUAAUUACACUGGACAAAACUCUUCGGGUUCGAUCUGGGAUAUGUUUCGGGACGAUUCAAAAUUUUGUCUUCAAUUUUCGUCUGGUAUAAAGACAAUUGCAGCAAUCCCUGUGGAACCACAAGGAGUUGUGCAAUUUGGGUCAUCUGAGAAGAUUCUUGAAACCACAGACUUUAUAAAUCAAACCAAAAGAAUGUUCAAUGAAAUCGUAAACGGCGAAGGACCUGCAACUGCAAUUUCAUCGUCUUCCCCAAAUGGAUUGUUCGCCUCUUUGAUUUCAUCUCAAGAUUCUAAUUUCGGAGAUGGCGCUUCUUUAGCUUUUCCCCAAAUCGAUAAUAACCAAUCCAUUACAAAUUUACAUCAGGAUUUGUUCGACUUGCCGAUACCUAUGGAUUUUGGAAUGAUCCCAGAUGAUUUCUUCCAAACAGAUGUCAGUAAUUCCCAAUUUUACCCUCAGUCCCCUGGUCAAAGCAAUGUUACAUUCGGCAGCUUAAUGUCAAACGACCACUUGUUAUCUCAAUCCAUGGGGUUUCUUCCAAUCAAUUCUGAAGAAAAAGGCAAAUCUUUGACUAUUUCCGGAAUAGAUGUUGACCUUUUUGGAAGUACAGGAGAUUUGGGAGACAUUGUAACACCUCUCAUAAACGAAAACUAUUCUUACAAUGGAUGUACAUCCAUGUCGAAGCCAACCCAACAUGUAAAUGACACAACUACCCUUACUCCAAAGAAAGGGCUGUUCUCGAAUCUUGGGAUCAAAGAGCUUUUCGAGGGUAUUUCUGGAACUUCCAACACCCCUUCAACCUCAUGCAUUGAGGAUCAAGUGUCGUCUAAAAGAAGGAAAACAGGAAAUUCCAUAUGGGAAAUGAGUAAUUCAUGUUCAUUGCAACCUGUUGUAUAUAACAAGAGUCUUAAAAUCGAGCCAGGUGGAUCAUGGGUAGGUGAUGGGUAUAGCAUGGAUGGGUCAAGCACAAUCUUGCAAGCUAAAAAACAAACCGAAUCUUCAAAGCCCAUUAAGAAAAAAGCUAAACCCGGGACCCGACCCAGGCCCAAAGAUCGUCAGAUGAUUUUGGAUCGUAUGGCUGAGUUAAGAGAAUUGAUCCCUAAUGGCGAAAAGAUGAGCAUCGACUGUUUGUUGGAUCGAACAAUCAAACACAUGCUUUUCUUGCAAAGUGUAACAAAACACGCAGACAGAAUCAAACAGGCUGAUGAACCAAAGCAUAACGGUGUUAUUCAGAAUAAUUAUUCCAAUGAUCCAAACAACAAUGGUGUGACAUGGGCAUGUGAAUUGGGAAACCAAACGAUGAUUUGUCCAUUAAUAGUGGAGGACCUUAGUACCCUCGGACAAAUGCUCAUAGAGAUGCUAUGUGAAGAACACGGGUUCUUUCUUGAGAUUGUGGACAUAAUCCGAGGUUUUGGGUUGACCAUUUUGAAGGGAGUCAUGGAAGUUCGAGAGGAAAAGAUAUGGGCACGUUUUAUAGUUGAAGCUGAGGCGAAAAGGCAUGUAACAAGGCAUGAGAUAUUUGCAGCACUAGUUCAACUUCUACAAACAAUGGGGUCGAGUGCAUUAGAUACUCAUCUUGAUAAAAAGAUUAUGCAAACUGGGAAUUCUCUACUCAACAAUUUCCAACAUUCUGCAGGAGUAUUACAACUUCCUGUAAGCUUAGCAGACAAUGGAUAUGGCAUGAACUUAUAACCUUGUUUAUAGAGAAUACCAUGAGCAUUCAUCAAGUAUUGGUUAUUUAUGUGAUUGCUAUGAUUGGUAUUCUGGGAAGAAAGAAAAGGUGAUUAGUUUUUUUUCAAAAGGAGAGGCGGAUUUUGCCCCAAAUUGGAAAAUCAAGAUGUGGAUGGAUGUGUAAAACACGUAUGCUUUAGGUUCGUAUUAGAGAUACGGGGGCGAUUUCGGGUUUUUGUUUUGAUUUUUUAGUGUUUCUUGGUUGGUUACUUUUCAGAAAUUUUAGAAAUUAAAUGUUUAUAGUUUGAAACUAACAAGAAAGAAUGGGUGUAAUUUGUAGGCUGACAAUGAUCUUGUGAUUAGAUUCAUCUGGGC